CGUGCGUGAACCCGUGAAACGUUCCUUGAUUGGUUCAUCCUGCGCGGCUUCGCGCCCCCGAAAGGAUGAUGAUCCGGUCCUUGAUGGCCACAGCCGAGGCCGUCCCGGCACUAGCCGGAGGACGUUCCUUCGUGGCCCGCCGGACGAUGGUGUUCAAACCGAAGGCCAGUCAACCGAUCUACAAAUGCACCUGGAAAGGCUGUGGUCUCCACUACACUUCCUGCUCUGAGGUUACCGCUCACGUUCGAAACGCACAUUUAGGUCCCCGCAAACCAGACGAGGACAGCGACGAGGAGGAUUUCUUCUUCACCGAGGUCGAGGAUGAGAGUGACAGUGGCUACAGUGCGCCCCAUCCGCCAUCGCCACCGACUCUGAGCCACCGCGACAUGGCUCGACCCCCGCACGAGGACCCGGAGUACCAGCGGCAGAUCGUUGGCAACUACCGGCUGUCGAUGUCCUCCCAGCAGCAGCAACUCCAGCAACACCAACAGCAUCCCCAGCAUCAGCUACCACAGCUCCAUCAGCUGGGUGCUGACAUCAAACCACCACUGCCGGCGACCCCCGGAAGCCACCAGCAGCAACAGCUGCACCAUCAGCAUCCGAGUUUGAAUAACAACAACAACAAUACCAUUGGAGGCCAGCAGCAGGGCAGCAACGGUACCAGCAGCAACAACGGAAGUGGUGCCGGGGUGCACACUUCCCCGCUGAUACAUCACAACUACACCUGGUCGCAAGUCAGUCCGACCUCGCCUCAGAAGCACGUCCGCCUGUCGCCCCGCCCAGCGCCCUACAAUAACCCUUACCCAAAUGCUCCGUACGCAAACCAAAUAAGUCAACAACACCACUACCAACAGCAGCAACAUCUCAGCCAGAUCCAGCUCUCGCCCGGUAGCACCACCUACCAUCACCAGUCGGCCGGUGCCGGUGCGCUGGCUCUAUCGAGCACGGGACAAUCGCCGCUGAAUGGAUCCGGCACCUUCGUGGCCCCGGGAACGAGCCCCAGCGGCAGCACCAAUCGGUCGCCACUAUCGCCAAACCGCCGGACCCGAGGCGAAAACAAGAAGUGCCGCAAGGUGUACGGCAUGGACCACAAGGAUCAGUGGUGCACCCAGUGCAAGUGGAAGAAGGCCUGCAGUCGCUUCGGAGACUGAUCCAAAUCGAAGAAGACGUCGACAUCCGGAUCGUCAUCGUCGUCGUCGUCGUCGUCAUCAGGGUCAUCUGUUACUUCGUCUACCGCCUCUGGGUCGUCGCCCACGUCGGUCCUGGCAGCGGCCGCCGCAGCAGCAGCCGCCACGAUAACGCCUCUGGCAGCACCGAACUCCCUGGCGACCCAUCCUCAACACCAGCAUCACCCACAACAUCAUCAUCAUCCUCAUCACUAUUUGCAUUCGCUGCAUCAUCAUCAAUCGGGAAAUGGGGGAACUGGCGGCGGCAGCAGCGUAAGUAACAAUAGACAACUGCAGCCGGUCUGAUCGAACACUGUUGUUUCGGUGGAUCAGCGACGAAGCAGGCGACGACUUUCGGCAUCGUCGUAAGCGUGUUGUGUUUUUUGAAAGAGAGAGCAAACGACGUUCGAGUGGUUUUAGUGAGAGACGGAACGAGUGUACGUGCACUGUAAAUAUAAUCGUGAUAUAUUUUAUGGUAAUAACAAAAGGACAAUGUUAAACAGGAGAACUAAAGAAAAAUACGCGUGUGACAUGGAAGAAAUAUACAAAAAGUAAAAUCAUGUAACUCAAUACAGAAAAGCGGGGGGAAAGAUAAUUCGUAAAGAGAUAGUUUGUAGGUUCUAUUGAGUGUAACAAUGUUAGCUAUUUAUAUUCUCAGCAGUGCAGUCGAAAAAAAACCCAUUGUACAGUAACCGGAUUGAGAAAGAGUAUAUUAUGUGGACAGAUGGAAUCAAGCAUUCUAUAACCCGAAACAUCUAAUGAAUCAGAUUCAAGAAAUAUUUUUAUAUUAUUACCACACCCUAUCGCUGUAAAUUAACGAAAGAUAAAAACAAUAGGAAAACCGACUCUGGUAAACGUGACAUUUUUCCCAUCAACUGUUAGAGAAAAAUAUUCCUUAAUUUUGCUUUCCGUGUACCAUUUACCUCACAGUAAUGGGGCAAAUGGCAAUCAGCGCUACAUUAAUUCGCAAUCACCAAAACGCCACAAAACAAUACAAACAAAUAUCUGCAAAAGUUACAGCUUCAAGUUGAAUUCCCAUUGUGAUUUAAAACUGUUGAACAUCUAUUAUCCUCUUCUGCGAAAGCAGAACCGUACUAAACAUUGACAAACAAAAAAAAAUAAAGUAAAAACCAUCGCUGUUGUUCAAAGCUUGAAAAUUCUUUAUUGUUGAUUUAUGAUGCAUUAUCUUUGACUAAAUGUUGUAACACACACACACACCCAACCAUUAAUCGUUUUUCCUCGUCACAUUCGCAACAAUAACACCCACCACUCCCAUUUUUGAAAAUAAUGGAUACAAAAAAGAAAAAACAAUGCACCCUACCCCCAGGAAGCCAUCCAAAAUGGUGGCCCAAACACAUGCAAGCUAAAGUGAAAAAAAACACCCAAGAAAAGAAAGUAGAAGAAAAGUGGCAAACAGUGGCAGAAACACACAACGUUUGCAAUCGCAGUAGGCAGUUACACAGGCUUCGGUUUGCAAAAAUCAGCACCAACAACAGCUGAAAUUCGGGACUUUUUCGGAACAACAUCCUCGGAAAAGACCCCCGAAAACAUACCGAAGUUAUCCGGUGAGAAAAGUUGCUAAGAAAAUGAAGGUAAAACAAGUAGAAAUUGGAUUUUGAAUGGUUGUCUAUCUCUUUAUCGAAUUCUUUGGGUACUCGAAACGGAAAUGGUAAAGCAAAAUAAAAAAAAAAAGAAAAUUAACGAUUGGAAACAAAAUGCAACAAGACUUUUAAAGGCUGAUUUAGUUUUAACCAAAAUAAAAAUCGGUAAUUUAAUAUUAAAUACAAGAAAAAAAAACAUUUAACGAAAAAAAACGCUGCGUCCGCGACAAACUUUGACCGAAAUUUCAAUAAAAAAAAUCUAAAUCAACUGUAAAACGCAAAAACAAAGAACUGACCGUCAUAUCAACUGACAUCGGAAAAACAUUGGCUGAUUUUUUGCCGUCAGCGAAACUCUAAAGAAGUAAAAAAAAAACAACAAGUCACGACACAAACAAACAAAAUUUGUAUCAUCGGAAACAACAACCACAUGCACCGGUUCGCGUAACCAAACGAAUCGAAACCAACAAAAUAAAAUCUAAAAAUAAAUCUUAUUACUAAGAAAACCAAUGACAUCAAUCGUAAUUGAUUACUUGAACACACUUCGAAAGCGACAAGCAAACAAAAAAUGAAGCAACAUGCAAACGUAAUAACUGAUAAACAACAAAAAAAACUAGAUCAUAGAAAAAAAAACGCGAAUAAACCACUGCCAAUAAAGUUAAAAAUAAAAAUGAAGAUGAAGAUCAAAUGAAGUAAGUUGCGUACUACAGAUUACAAAUAAAAAGAAAAUGAAAUCAUAUUAAGAAAAACAAACCAUUUAUGAGUGAAUGAAAUGAAACAAACAAAACAAACAAGAAUACCAAUAAAAUUAAAAACUAGCGACUACUGAAUGUGUAAAACCCACCCUCCUCCUCCAGCUGAGAGACCCCGUCCCAAACUUCCCCCGGCAAAUUGCAACUAUUUGACGUGUGUUUUCCAUUGAAAUAAAGAAAAAAAUUACUGUAAAGUGAAGCUGAAAGUACUGGAACGAAGUUUUCUGGGGGAAAAUUCCCUUGUUUUUUAAAGAAGAAAAAAAAUCCGAGCUGCUCGAAAAGCAACUUUUUUUUUGUUAAGCUGCAACAGGUAAAAUUGUGAUAUUUCAAGGAAGUUGAAACAAAACCUCUAUUGUUUCACAAGUGGCGAUCGGAAUCGCAUGGUUUUCUUUUACAAAUCGAACCAUUUUCUGUGAUUGUUUUUUUCAUUGUUUUAUUUUUUAAGUUAAACCCUGAACUUUUUUUUGUUGACAACUGCUUUGUUAAAACUAUACAAGUUGGCUGAAAUCUAUUGUCUCGAAUUUAGACACUCUCUUUUACGCUUCAAAUGUUGAAUUUGUUUCCAUGGAGACAGUGAGCUGUCACUAAUUUGCCUUCGAACAUUGACGCUAACAAGCGUUUUACAUUUUUUUGAUUUCGCUUCGCUAACUGCUCUCUCACACGAAGACAGUUUUUGUAACAGUAACGUCUAAAAUUCAACAAAAAAAUAUGAAAGAGGAUGUUUAGUUGUAUUGUUUCCAAACAUAGGAAUUUCUCCACGCGUUGAAAUACUACAAAAAAACCCAUUAAGAGCUUCCGUUUCGUUGCAAUGUAAGGUGCGCUUCCUUCUUCUCUCGCUCUUUUUCGUUUGCUUUCUCCCGCUUGAAUUUGUUUGUGUUUCGCAUUGAACGGUCUUAGAGCAAUCGCACGAGUGCUACCAAUUUCUGGGUUGAUUCCAAAUUCCAAAACAUGAACAAUGCGCGAUCAAGUCUUUCCACGAGCCACCAAAUUUGGUUCGAUAAACGCUUCCGCAAAAACAGAACUUCAAUACGAUGCGAGUUAACUUUUAUUAUUGUCCUUACUAUUCUUUUUACAAUUGAACGUUGUUGAAAAGUCAAACAGUUGUCAUUUUAGCAUCCCCCAAACACACUGUCCCGCUCUAGAAAUGUGCAAUUUUAAAACAUGAAUAGAAACUAUUCUAAAAGUAAAAAUAACCUGUAAUCAUAAAAGAAAAAGACCCCUUGAGAAUGAUCUCUCAUGAUCUCCUCCCUAACUUCGGAAACAAAUUUGUUUGCCUUUUGUUGCUCUUCUCCCGUAUUUGUGCACGUGUGUUGUUGUGUAAUGUGCGCAAAAUUUUCGAUCGAUUUAAAGCAGCGCCAACUGCGAGCGAGCGAGCGUCUCAGUAGUGUGCAAGUACACUGUAAAAUCAAAAUCGGCAAUAUUUGAGUAGAUUCUUAAGCAAUUGAAAAUAAAAUUAUAAUUAUAAAAUAUAUCAAACACCGUAGAUUGAUGUUCUUUCUUUCGGCUCGAAUACAUGACUGAACACGAAAUUUUCACCAAAUCGCGAUAAUCAACUACUACUACUACUGUAGAACAAGACUAUAAUCAACAACAACAACAAACUGUUGUGGCUGCUUUACAUAAACACGACGAACACACAAACACACACUUAAUCGAAAGCAAUCGAUCUCAUUAUUUUUUUGUUCCAAUUUUUAUAAAACGGGGAAUGUUCUCUCGAGUAAAAAUUUCAAAUUUCACGUGCGAAAAUUGUAGUAGAAAUGACAAUCCACAACCACAACUUUAAAUAAACAACAACAUUAUUGUUUAACUUUUUAUAUGUCAUUCGCUUUUAAAGUAUUGAAAAGAGUGAAAAGUUCCUCCAUUUUUAGUCAAAGACCUGAGACGAUCAUGUACGAAUGACAGCGUUUAUAUAAUUUAUAAAAUAAGAGUAUUUCUUAACAACUCAAUCCCUGAUUUAAUAUUUACUCCCAGAAUUAUUCCGUUUUUUUUCUCGAGAUUUAAAAACUUUACUCGUGUAUUUGAUGCUCAUUUAUGAGUAUAAUGCUUCUCAACAUUGCUUUUUAAUAUGUACCAAAAUGGGCGUUUUCAAAAUUCACGCAAACUGAACUGAGAUUUAAUCUCGACCAGAGAAAUACUCACCAAAGAAGAUCGGGAGAAUACUUUUCUAAAAUUCAAAUCAAAAGUCGUCCAGAGCAGUCAUUUUCCGUUUUUAAGGUUUCUCUAAACUGCGUACAUUUAAAAAAAAUUCAUCCUUCAAAAUCAUUCAAAAUUGGGAGGGCAGCGAAAAAAAAUUUAAAUCCCAACAAAAUCGGCACGAUACUCCAGAAAAAGAAGAAAUGGAUAAAAAUUACAAUAUAAAAGACUAAAUUUUUUGCCUAUUUAUAUGUACAAACUUAUAAAGUCAAGAAAAACUUGUAAUUGGGUAAAUUUUCGUCGUAAACUUUUGCAAGUUUUUUGCAUCUGUAGAAUUACAGUAAAUUCAAUAAAACUGAAAACAACAAAUACCCGUUUGCGUAACGCAAAAUUUGAAGUUGUUGACUAGAAAUACCGACUAAAAAGUGAGGUUAGAAGGUGAUUGGUAAGAUUAAAAUAUUACAAAAACAAAAACUAGAGAAAACGCGUGAAUCGUAAUAUCAAACUAUCUAAGUGUGUGUAAUCAGUGCGUUUGAAGCAUUGUAAACUAGACAACAACAAGUGGAAGCAAAAUAAAAACAUCAACUAUCGCAACAAAAAAUCAACAACAACAACUUAUCGAACAGCGCGCGCAAUUCGUGACGAAACGUAAAGGAAAACACUACCUACUAAGCUCUUCUUCUUCUUGUUACGCUUUGAUAAUGAUGAAACCAACCAAUUAUUGAACGCUUUAUAAACCAAUAAAAAAACAAACUGUGGAACAGACACUAAACAACAACUACUACUAAUAUUCUGAGAUGAAAACAAAACGAUGAUAGUGUAAGCGGAAGGAAGAACCACAAACAUACAACAGCAACAACACACUCACACCUAAAAAAAACAACAAUAUUGUUCAAUAUCCCUCCAAAACUUAAAAAAAACAAACAACCUUGUUGGAUAGAUAAAUUGAACCCCUUUUGAUAUUUGGGAAAAAUCUUCGAACACAUUUUAAGAUAUCUUUUUUCGAAAGGAGUACAAUUUUUACUAAUCGUCAACAUAGCAAAGGAAGCGGGAAAGGCAUAACACUUGAUGUAAAGUGAGGUAUACUGACCAGGGAAAAAAAAUCACACAUUGAACAAACCAAGCAGCAAAGCCACUUUCAUUGAUCCAAUGUUUAAAAAAAGUUAAUCGAAAUGAUUUAAAAUCAAUCAUAAAUGAGGCAGUCUACACCAGCGUGUAAGGUCAUGCUCGAAUGAAAUAAACACUCGCUGGAAGAUGUCAGGGACGAUACUUGCUCCGAAAGGUAUUCGCGUAAGUUUGGAGUGAUAUUGUUUCCUUAAAAUAAAAUCCUCAACAGCAUCACCGGUGUCUUCUUGACUUUAUCGUCCCAUAAUACAUGAUUUCAUUUGAAGUUUUCAUGGUUAGAACGCAAAAUGAUUUAAAAUCAAAUAAAAAUGAUUUAUACUACAGCAGCGUGUAAGAAAAAUUUCGUCAGAAAUAAUCGCUCUCUGGAAGGUGUCAGGGUUAAUGUUUUAUGCCAAAUGCAAUCUCGAAAAUUUUAGAAUGCUUUUCAUGGUUCAAAUUUUCGUUAUUUUGAAUCUUUUUCUGCGCAUUCUCGUCUCAUGGAGCUUGCUUUUGUUCCGUUUCUAGAUAACAAAGUUGUGUUUUGCUGUUUAAUUGGUUUAAAAGUUAGAACAUUGUGAUUUGUAUCCAACAGUUACCUCAACCAAGAUUUUUCUUAAAUUUAUGUUAAAAAUCGAAAGCAUCAUUUUUUCAAUUUCUUAUCAAACAAACUGGAAGAGAGAUUAAUCGAAAAGCCAGUAACACGAACAAGGUAAAAAACCUAUAUAAAAACAAAAGAGUUAAGCUUUCCUUCGAGAAGCACGCGAUCGAAGGCGGAAAGAGAAAAUAUUAUUAAUAAAAUGGGCAGAUAAAAAAAAUCUAUUACAAUUUAAAUGUUUUAAUCCAGAAAUGUGAGCGUGUAGGUUAGAUGGUGAAAAUUUUAGAGAGUGAGUUGUUUGUUUCCUCCUGCUAUUGAAUAUAUAUUAUACAUUACAAACUAGAAAUCGAUGCUAAGGACGGAUAUGUGAAAGUGUUCGGCAAAACUGUUUUGGAGCUAGCGUAUGUGUGAAAGCGAAAUCGAAAAGUGUAACAGUUCAGAUUCCAGCAACUCUGCGCGUGAGACGAAUGUUGAGAGAAAAGGGCAAGAAAGAGAAGCGAGACCAAUGAAAAUUAUGAAAGAGAGACGGAACAAAUUCGAGAAAAAGUGUUAGUUCAGUAUUUUUGGUUACCGAUAUGCAAAACUAUAUAUUGAAAAACGGCUUUUAGAGUUUAAUGUUUUUCUUUCUGUCAGCAGCCAAACAAAAAUUAAGAGAAGAUUUAACAGUAAGCUAAAUUUGAUUCAAAAAAGGGUACAUUUUCUGCUAAAAUAUAUAUUAUAAUUAAAGUCACUACGAUGUCUUUCUCAUUAUUGUUAAGUUAGAACACCGUGGGAAAAAGCGAAUAACAAACACGAAUGCCGAUUCAACAGUAGCAGUUUUGGAGGUUAGGUUCGCUAAGAUCUUGUACUAUUUUACCUUAUUUAUGGGCCAUUUAUACCUAAGAUUAUACAUUAUAUUUUAGCGUUCAAAUUGUUGACACUCAGCUGCAGGAGUUCGGUCAAGACUAAUCCGGAUUCAAUUUCAGCAGAAGUAAGAGAUAAAAAAUAUCACACGAUUUGUGUUUUUUGUUUAUAAAACUUAAGCUAAACCAAUUCACUAAGAGAUAAGCGAAAGAAAAAGAGAGAAAGAGUAAAAAAUUGUACCAUUUAUAUUCUAUAUUUGUCCCUAGGAAAUAAUUAUUUUACACACAUAGAUUCACAUUCUUAGAUUAUAUUCAUAUACAUUUAUUUCUUUUUGUUAACAAUAUUUUUAUUUAUUUAUUUUUAGAGCAUGAAAAAAGCUUAAAUUGAAACAAUCUAGCAUAAUUUUACACCCCUCCACUGCAAAUGGAAGUAAGACAAAAACACAAACACACAUACACAAACACAUAGCAGAAAGAAAACCCCAAAAUAUAAGAAACACAUCACACAGAUGACAAAACUGUACAUAGCUAAAAUCGAAAGCGAACAAAAACUUGUAAAGAAAAAAAAUAAACAUCAAAUCAAACAGAAGAAAAUCUAUCAAACCAAAUUGACAAAACAACAAUAGGUAAAGCAAAAAAGAGUAAACCAUCUUCAGAGAUCCUAAACGUAAAAGGCACGAGCAGGAAACGGGGGCAGGUCCUCCUUUUCCUCAAACAAACUAUUGAAAACGACCAUUAGAUUUCACUUUAAACUUCAAAAAACAAACACAAAACUACCAAAAGCACUCUUACCCUCUGGAAAACAAAACUAAACUUACAAAAAAACGUUCAUCGAACAGGCAAAGUCUGCUGCAGGGUAAAUCGAAAAGUCCGCGGGAGUUCAAAAUUUAGCACAAUUGAUUUUAUUCGGCCAAAUGACUACGCAAAAUGCUCCUCCUCCUGAAUAUUGCCUAGAGCCAACAGAAAUCUAAAACUUUCGAUUCGGAAUCGCAGCAGGCUUUUGCUGGUUUCCAAGAACUUUGUGGCCCGCUCGAAAUCUAAUGUAAAACAACAACAACAAAAAUCAACAACAUCAUCCAAGUAACCCUCUCUGGUUAGUGGAACAAUAACAAAAAAAAAACAAUUGUAUAAGGAAACAUCCAAAACAACAAAUACCAAUAUUAUGAUUGUGUAGUAGUGCAAAUCCAGAAUUCAGUAAUUAUGUAUAAUCAAAAGAAAAUGCGAAGAUUGGAAAGAAAUUUUGUUGUGUUUUUUUCGUAGCUUAAGACCCUAUUGUUUUGGAUCGUAUAAAUUUUCUUCAUCCCCUUUUUCUUUCCCUAUCAUCAUCGUUUCGAUGUUUCUGUAUGUACAAAAAUUAAAUGCGAAAAUCCUCAAUCAUCUGAUGUGUUUAGAUGUACAUAUCGAUUACUAUCUUUUUUCUCUUUUCUUUGGAGACGGUUUGAUAAAAAUUAAAUUUAAACGGAAAAAUUGUAACUGUUUUUUUUACUCGCCAAAUGCUAGAACCGAAUACCAGUAUGUUUAAUUUCACUAAGAUCGAAAAAAACCCAAACGUGAAAUAAAAAUAGCAAACGUGGGAAAGUGCAAGAAAGAAGUUAAUUUAACAAAAAAAAACAAUAUGUGUACGUUCAAAAAACCACGUACGUUAAUAAGAUAGCGGCUGAAAGAUGAGAUGUCCAAUGAGAUGAAGAAACAAUGAAAUUACCCAUGCAAAGAAGAAAAUCCCACGUAAUAAUUUAACAACCAGAAAUAUAUAUGCGAGAAUAACAAAUGAGAUGUGCCGAGAAUAGGAAGUGGGUGAAACACAAAAUGAAGAAAUACAGAAACCGAGGAAACACAGACGAAGAAAACAUACAUGAAUGGAAUGAAAAGAUUAUGUUCAAGUCGAUUUAAGAACAUACAGUUUUUUUAGUUAUAAGUAAUACAAUAUUAUACAUAUUAUAAAUAUAUACACGGUAUUAGAUAAAGCAUAA